UAUACCUGCACUUUAAGAAUACUUUUGAAGUCUUGCUUUCUUUGUCUUGAUGUCAUUUAUUUUUGAAUAAAUGUGUUGGAACUCUUUAUAUGAGAACUCUUGGUUUUCAGACAAGCGUUUGUAUCUCAUUCCACCGCCUGCAUCACUGCCAUUGUAUUUUGUACUUUUGAAUAAGUUUCCUAAACGAGAUUUGAAAUUUUUGGAGGGGAAGACAGAUUGAGUUUAAUCUCCCCUUUCCUAACUCAAAGGAGAAUUUUCCCCUCAACAACUGAAUACCUUAUUAUUUAAUGUUACCUUUCUACUCUUUUUGGGGGGAGAUUCGAGACAGGGCUUCUGGAAUUUACUCUGUAGACCAGGCUGGCCUGGAACUCAGAAAUCUUCCUGCCUCUGCCUCCGAAGUGCUGGGAUUAAAGGUGUGCGUCACCACUGCCCGACUACCUUUCUACUCCUGUUUAUGUUCUUAUUUAUCUAUAAUUAUGAAAGCUGAAUAGAUUUGAUCCUUUUGACUUGAUUCUUUACUACUCUUUAUUAACUCUAAGUAGCAUUUAAAAAAUUUUUUUGAACUUUGGGUGAGAAGAUUCAGUAUAAUUUCUUAUAUUUGAUAAUGUAAUAUCUAUUUUUUCCUACUAGCAAAUUCCAUGCUAUUGCUUUUUAAAGAAAAGCAGAGGCAUCUCUCAGAGCUGUGCCAGGCAAUCUGUUGUGGUGGUUUAAUAUACUGACAAAUGCUCUCACAAACUGUAUAUAUAUAUUUAAAUAUAAUUAAAAUACAACGUAACUAUAAUGUUUAGGUUUUCAAAGUUUGGGCUUCAAUAGGAAGGUCCCUCUCUACCCUUACCAUUUCUUUAGCCAUUAUUUGGAGCUAUACUUUUAAACAAGAAAAUUGCAGUCAAUAUGAUAAUGGAGUUGGAAGGAGUGCUGCAUUCAGACUGCUGAGAAAUCCUAGUACACUUAAAAAUAAUUAAACAAUAUUUCUUAAGUCUCUGCCUUUUUGGACACUUGUAUUUGGUAAUUUUACAGUACUGAUUCCUAUAGCAAGUAAAUCAAUAUUCUAAAAUUUGAGCUAUUUUGUCUUUGCCAUUCAUGCUUGCUUUUCAUACAGCAUUCUUUAAAAAUCACAUCUGUCUAUUCUUGUAAGAAACACUCAGUUGACUGCUGUGUGACUAUUUUGGCUGGUUAAAAUAUCAGUUCAUUUCAAUGUGUCACUAGCCAGAAUUUGUACAUGUUCUUCACCCCUUGCACAAGUAAUGAGCAACUACACAUGAAGAGAUAAAAGGAAAGCUAGGGUAGUUUAACAUAACUGAAGUGGGAAAAAAGUCUUCUCUGAGAAUUCUGUAGUCCUGACAAAUUCUGUGGGAAUUUGGCCUUGGGAAUAUUCAACUACAUUGAGAAGUAACAUUUAACUUCUUAUAAAAGUAAGAGGGAAUAAUGAUAAAGUUACCUGGGAUUCAUCUUCAUUGUAAUAAUCAGGAAAUAGUUGCUCAGAGUUUAUACACUGAGUAUUUUUGGAUUAUAUUUCUACAUGCUCAUAGCUCCUAGGUACUUAAGAAAAAUAACGGUUGUGGGUCCCUGCCUCUGCAGAGUCUCCAUGUUCAUUUCUUUAUGGUUAGGGAGUAAAGAACAGACACAAAUGUUUCCCACAUAAGAAAAUGAGCUGAGGUGUUAAUUUCUUUGACUUUCUAAAAAUUCUUUUAUCCUCAGCAGUUAAAGUUUUCUUCUCAACGUUGUUUAAGAAUUGUGUGGCAGUCCUGUAAAGCUGAUCAUAAGGUUUGUCAUAGAAUUAAGAGAAAAUGGUAAAAGUUACCUUAUUUAUGUUUGUCUACUGGGUCAGUGUGUAGUGCAUCUUGAAACUACUAUACUAGAUAAAAUAUGUAACAGGAAGUUUCCAGAAAAAGUCUAGAGGAGCCCUGAACUGAAGUCAAAACAUUGGGGGUUUCCCCAACCCUACUCUCACUGCUGGCUAGGCAGCUGCUCCUGUGGCCCAGCCGGACAGGCAUGCCCUGGCCCCUGCCCUUGCUGUAGGGAGCUGUUGAACCUUGUGCAAGUUCUCGCACCCUGUUUCGUGCACUCAACACCUGUACUCACAGUCAGUCCUCUGACACAGACUCCAGUCUUCUUAAAGCAUAACUCCCCUUUGCUCCGUUUGGUCUUUGUUUCAUGGGUUUCAUAACUUUAACCAGUGGUUCUUACAUUUCAGAAAUAUUUCCUGGAGGCCUUGUUAACAGCACAGAUGUGGCCAACUCUAGCAUUUCUAACUCCAUCGAUCCAAACUGAAUUUGCACUCAUUAGUUCCUAGAGGCUGCCCUGCUGCUGACUCGGAGCACACCACGGGCCCCUGUGCUAAACAGAUGCUGACUCUCAGACAGUUCUCAAGGGUUCCCUCCUGGCAUCUCUUUCUCAGUCACGUUGAGUCUGGCCUAAUCGAAGACUGAGGUUAUGAAGUCCAUCCUAGAUGGCCUUGCAGACACCACCUUCCGUACCAUCACCACAGACCUCCUCUACGUGGGCUCAAAUGACAUUCAGUACGAAGACAUCAAAGGAGACAUGGCAUCUAAAUUAGGAUACUUCCCACAGAAAUUCCCUCUAACUUCCUUCAGGGGUAGUCCCUUCCAAGAGAGGAUGACUGCAGGAGACAACUCCCCGUUGGUCCCAGCAGGAGACACAACAAACAUUACAGAGUUCUAUAACAAGUCUCUCUCAUCAUUCAAGGAGAAUGACGAGAACAUUCAGUGUGGAGAGAACUUUAUGGACAUGGAGUGCUUUAUGAUUCUGAAUCCCAGCCAGCAGCUGGCCAUCGCUGUACUGUCUCUCACACUGGGCACCUUCACGGUUCUGGAGAACCUGCUGGUGCUGUGUGUCAUCCUUCACUCCCGCAGUCUCCGAUGCAGGCCCUCCUACCACUUCAUUGGCAGCCUGGCAGUGGCUGACCUCCUGGGAAGCGUCAUUUUUGUCUAUAGCUUUGUUGACUUCCAUGUGUUCCACCGCAAAGACAGCCCCAACGUGUUUCUGUUCAAACUGGGCGGGGUUACAGCCUCCUUCACGGCUUCUGUGGGCAGCCUGUUCCUCACAGCCAUCGACAGGUACAUAUCCAUUCACAGGCCUCUGGCUUAUAAGAGGAUCGUCACCAGGCCCAAGGCCGUAGUGGCCUUUUGCUUGAUGUGGACUAUCGCAAUAGUAAUUGCUGUGUUGCCUCUCCUGGGCUGGAACUGCAAGAAGCUGCAAUCUGUUUGCUCGGACAUUUUCCCACUCAUUGAUGAAACCUACCUGAUGUUCUGGAUCGGAGUCACCAGUGUGUUGUUGCUGUUCAUUGUGUAUGCGUACAUGUACAUUCUCUGGAAGGCUCACAGUCACGCAGUCCGUAUGAUUCAGCGUGGAACCCAGAAGAGCAUCAUCAUCCACACAUCAGAAGAUGGCAAGGUGCAGGUGACCCGGCCUGACCAAGCCCGCAUGGACAUUAGGCUGGCCAAAACCCUGGUUCUGAUCCUGGUGGUGUUGAUCAUCUGCUGGGGCCCUCUGCUUGCAAUCAUGGUGUAUGAUGUCUUUGGGAAGAUGAACAAGCUUAUCAAGACGGUGUUUGCCUUCUGUAGUAUGCUCUGCCUGCUGAACUCCACCGUGAACCCCAUCAUCUAUGCUCUGAGGAGCAAGGACCUGAGACAUGCUUUCCGCAGCAUGUUCCCUUCAUGUGAAGGCACGGCGCAACCUCUAGAUAACAGCAUGGGGGACUCAGACUGCCUGCACAAGCACGCCAAUAACACAGCCAGCAUGCACAGGGCCGCGGAGAGCUGCAUCAAGAGCACUGUUAAGAUCGCCAAGGUGACCAUGUCUGUGUCUACAGACACGUCUGCCGAGGCUCUGUGAGCCUGCUGCUCUUGUGGCUGCCCAGGAAAAGAAAAAAAAAUUUUUUUUAAGCUUAAAAUUUAGAAGUCUGUUGUCUCAUCGGUUAUAUAUUUUUUAAGUUUACCAUGUUUAGUAAAAUAGUGAAUGUCACCGUGCUUCUUUACUUUGCUGACAUCUCGAUAGUUUAGGUACUUAAACUCCAGUCCCCUUGGGUUUACAGUGAAGCAAGCCUAUCACUUCAGUUACCCGGCAGUUCUUCAAAGUCUCUGAAACGGAAGGGAAAACAUUGGCUUCCAAAUCUGAAGCCUAACUAUCUGUAGAAAACCGCCAUGAAAUAAGUAACGCCUUUGUAACCACAACUUUCAGGAUGCUGUGUCUGUCCAUAGUACAAAAAAGGGACAUUUUUACGAUAAGUAUAGUGCUAAAGUAGAGAUACUUUGUAACAUGUUUUCUGUCCUGUUAGUUGUGUGUCAACGUUUACUGUGUUUUUGUUUUUUGUUUUUUUGGUUUUUGGUUUUUUUUGUUUUUGUUUUUGUUUUUGUUUUUGUCUAGCUUAGAAAAACCAGAAUGUAGCCCUCAUAAGAGCGAUGGCAUACAGGAGUGGAUAUGUAGCAGGGCGACCCCUGCUUUGAUAGUGUUACUGUCCAUGAUGCAAUUUUAGAAACCUUAGCAUUUCUUCCAAUAUCCGUACCUAAAGUUAAUAUUGAAAUAAGCAUAAAGGUUUAUUUUUCUGUUAAAACAACAAGAGAAAUUUGAAGACUGUUCAAAGUAUUGAGCAGAAUUCAUGGACACUUAAAACUGUGUUAGGCCUGCAUUUUCACGUGAGGACAUUCCAUAUCUUAUGGACCACAGCUGUUCAGUUGAGUAAUGGAUUGUAAUCAGAAUGGAAAAGAGGAAGCACAUUGACUUUUAAGGCUGACAUUCUGACUUUCUGCAGUUGUUGGCUCUAACUGGACCUCUUAAGACAGCAUGUGUCAAUCUUAGUGUAUACUGUGAUCACUGUGCAAUUGCUGUUUACUUGAUGUGUAUUGCAUUGUUAUGUUCUGGAUUUAAGUAGAUUUCAGGCCUAGAUGGCCAAAAAACAAAAAACAAAAAACAAAACAAACAAACAAACAAAAAAAACAGUUGUCUUCUCCUUAAUUGAGACGAAAUAUUGUCUGGAUCAGUAAAAUUGUGUGAUUGUAAAUGUGUAUGUGUGUGUAUGUGUGUGUGUGUGUUACUCUAUCUUGUAACUGUUACAGCAAUGCCCCUCCCCACGAGAAAACUGACCAAGUGUGAACCGUACCACUUGCUGCGCUCUUGCACAUGAACUUAGUUUCUACAAUUGAGCUCAUCACAAAAUCCUGUUUAUAAAAAUUCUGACUAAACUUUUCAGAAGAAUCUUCCUGCCCAGGAGAUUGGAUUACAUAUUCUAAUGAUAUUUAGGUGUUCCGUAAGGCCAGCAUUCAGCAAGAAGUAAUCAGUAAGAGGGGCCAAAAAGUAGGGGAUUCUCCUAGGAAGAGGAGAGUGUGGAGGAUGGUGAGCACCUAUGAUUAAUUAAGUCCGUGGAAAUGGAAAUCAGUAAAGGGAGAUGGUUCUAAGACCUUCUUCUAAAACCUCCUAGACUAGCAAGUUUCAAUGGUGCAUGGCAGCAGUGCAACCUCAAGUUAAGUAACUCCAUGGCAGUACAGUUACAAGGUCCAGGCCAUUUUGUUACAUAGGGUAUCUAUAACAAAUGGGCAGUACCUGGCUCUGUUUAGACAUGUUUGGGUUAAGGAAAAGGUAGUGCUCCACUUGCUGGUAUCAAGAUGUGCCAAAACAUAGAGGUAAGGAUGGCUAGCUUCUGUUUGACAUCUCUGCCAUGGUGCUCAAAAUUGGGCCCUUUUCUGAUAAAGAAAAGUACUGCUUUUAAGAAGCUGCUCAAUCCUGAUAAGUUCUAUGUAGAGUCUCUCCUUGUAUAGGUUCUCACCAGUCCUGAGGACUGCACGGCAUGAAGUGGAGAGCUAGGAUCUGCCUGUGAUUUCUAGCAUUUGGGGUUCCCAACCUGACAGGACAGUGCCCUUUCUGGCAAUCAAUGAAACCUGAGGGCCUAGCUAGGAUAUAUCUAGAUUUUGCCUGCUGAGUCUCUGGAUUUUCUUCUCUGUGCACAGAGGAGGACUCAGGAUACUGGAGGAUUAGUAACACCAUAGAAAAGGGUAUUGACAGAAUACCACCAGGGGCUAGGAAUUGCCAUCGUCAUCUUACAUCAACCUGAAUAUCAAUCAACAUGUCUCUAGCUACCAGGCAGUACCACCUCUUCUCACAGCUACAAAGACCUGGUAGGAAAUUCUAGUAUAGGUAUUUAAAAGAAUCCAAGAUUUCACUUUUAGAACUGUAUUUGUGUAAAUGCCAUUUUAGUGAUAAGAUUUUUAUAGUGUAUUGAACUUUCAAGACCUAACUCAUAUUUAAUAAGCUAAGGGACAAUGGGGCUGAUAGCACUAAACUUGGUGCUUAUUGAUACUCUAAGAAAUAUCUGUGAAAUAUCAUCAUGUGUGCGUUAAGCUACCUUCAUUUAAAAGGACUUAAAAUUAGUUGGAUCCACUUUGGCUUUUCCCAUAUCAUUUCCUAACUCUACUGACCAAAACAUUCUCCCUAGUGAGUAUUAGUCAUUAGAAUUACAUUCAUUAGUAUCAUUCAUUAACCAGCCCCUUAAUUAGAUUCAUUAAUUUAAAUGAUUUUAAUUUGAUCACUUAUACACUCUGGCAUCAGGGUUAUCUACUUCCUUCUGACAUGUGUCCUGAACGUACAUUCUUCAGCCAUUACUCAUCUUAAGAAGGGGCCAUUCCCAAACUGCUUGACUUUGUCCAAAUAAAGACUGAGUUCAAGACUAACAAUAUAAGUUAAAACAAAGAGAGCUGUCUCUAAGACCGCCUAGUUUUUCCACUAUGUAUUAAGUACAUGUAAAAAUAAGUGUGCAUCUGGACAGCUUAGGCAUAUGUCUGUGCCAGACGACUCCAACGCUGUCUGAUACUUAUGUCAGGUUUAGCUGGUAUCAAAUGCCAAGGAGUUUUUGCUACCUAAACCCAUCUACAGGAAAUAGGUCCAACUACCAGAUGAGUACUAGGUCUCUAGUUACCAUUCAGUUCAUUAAUUUCUGCCAUUCCAUAUCCAUAAACAGGACCACUAACAUUAUGCACAAAAAUUAGAUUCCUCAUACUCUUGACUGUAUAUUUGUAUGAUAUUUUAAAAUCUCCUAAAUGGCCAUUCACAGUUGGUUUGCACUGGCCUUCCGAUAAAAUGUUAACAUACCUAUUGUAAUAUACACAAAACAUUCUAUCUACUGAUUUGGACUGAAUGUAUGUACAUAGGUUUUACAAAAAACAAAAUGUCAGACAUCGAAGCAGUGGUUUACAGAUCAGUGAUUUUCAGAUAGAGUUUCUUUCAGUUGCUGUGGAAUCUUUAAAAAGUACUCUUAGUGUGAACUUACUGAACUCUAGGGUUCCUGGCUAUCAGAGUCCCCUAGAGAGGAAAUCUUUUCUUGUAAUAAUAUGAACCAAGAUACCACAUUAUCUUGAGUCUCACUUCCAGUGUUUCAAGUGGAAAAUGUAUCUCCUUAUUGUCUCUGUAAAUGGAACAUCCUUACUUUUUUCUCUUAAAGAAUAUUGUACUGUUAGAUGUUUGUUGAACUGGUAGCAUCAUUUAGACUGCUGUGAUGUCUUUGUCAGUAAUCUGUAUAAUAUUUUGUAUACAAGUACUGGUAAGAUUGUUAUUAAAUGUAGCUCUGGUCAUUAAAUUACUAUAGCAAAGUAGUACUUCUGUAAUAUUUACAAUGUAUUAAGCCUACAGUAUAUUUUAUUUCAUUGAUGUAAUUUAAUUGUUAUUUAUUCAAGAGAAAGCAGUUCAUCAUGUCUAUUGUCUAAAAUUACCUGGAAUCAAAUAAAAGUUCUAGAUUAUCAUGAAAAACA